CCGAAAGAGAAGAAGCCAGGACCCGAAGAGAUCUGGAUUGGGCUAUGGGGCGUGAUCCCCCGUUGGAAGUACGGGGAAACUGUCAACUACACUGCAUAUAAGAAUGGCUGGUUAUCGCCUAGCCACGCGUAUUACGCCACUUAUAAGCUUUACGAAGCAGCCGAGAAGUGGAACAGCCUGAAAGUCGGCGUCAAGUUUCACUAUGUGGCCAAUCCAGAAGAUGCCGCAUUUGUCCUGGCCUACGGCGGCGAUGCCGGCUCCACACUUGCAAAAGCCUUCUUCCCGAACUCGAAUGACCUCAACACAGUCUUCGUGUAUCAGAGAGCCUUUCAGGCAGGCAUGGUCAACAACAUGGCCAAUGUCUUUCUGCACGAACUUGGGCAUGUUUUGGGUCUCAGGCACGAGUUUGCGGCUCAAGAGGGGGGCGCUAUCCCGUGGGGAAGCAGCAAUCCCCUCUCGGUCAUGAGUUACAACUUCCCCCCAGAGAUGCAGGAGUCCGACGAAAGAGACACGAGAUCAUUCUACAAAUUCACAGGGACGACAAUCGGAGGAUAUCUGAUUCAGAAUAUAACCCCG